ACUUAGUGUAACAAAGUUUUUACAACACCAGAUCUAAAUCCGGGUGAACGGGUUUAAACCUUUUGAAUCGCUCUAGGGUUUAAGUUUGCCAUUCUUAUUCCAGUGGAGUUACUUCACAUACGACGGAAGGUACAUGCGAGAGGUUGGAUCCGACACACUCCGUUAUGAUGGACUCGAGGAAAUGUUCUGUUUGUAUUCUUACUCUUGUGGAUGAAGAAAACUAUUGUGUUUUUAGUUGAAAUUUGAAGAGUGAUCAGCAAACCAGUGAAGUUCUUUCCACAAGAUGGCAUUCUCAAUUUUCAAAUUUAUACAGUUGUUCUCUGCCAAUUUGAUGUGAAAACUUGCCCCUUGAUUUCGACACAACAUAUGGGGUUUAAUGCAGGGAGCUCAUUAGCUGUGAUCGGUUUGCUAAUUUGCCUUCAUUUCCUUGAGACGCUCACAUUUGCAGAAGAUUGUCAUUCCUCUUAGUUUCAUUUUGGCAAUUUGCGAAAUUAAACUUGCAUAUGGCUUUGCGAGGGGUUUGGCAACUUAACAAGCUGGUUGUCAGCUAUUGCAACUGGGGUGGAAGUAGCAGAGGUAUAAGGGCAUUUAUGGAGUCUCAUUUGCCAGCAUUUAAGGAGAAGAAUCCUCAAUUAGAGGUGGUUACUGAGCUAAUUCGUGGUCAGCAUCCACAUCUGAAGGGAUUUUACAAGAACAAGAAUCAGCGAGUGAUAUGUGUGAAGAAUAUGGAUCCAGAAGACAUACAUUUGCACGCAACUAGGCUAAGGAAUGCGUUGGGAAGGAAGGUGGUGAAAUUGAGGACAAGACACGUAACUAAGCACCCUAGUGUGCAAGGUACUUGGACAACUGCUCUGGAAUAUUAAGAUAGAUAAUUGGCUGUGAGAAAGUUCCUCUACUUAAGGUGAUUUAAUCAAUUUUUGAUCCAAUGGGUAUAAGUUCUCACAUCCGGCACAAUUUUUUCUUAAGUUCCUUUUCUGUAUGAAGACAUUUUUCUUUUCUUUUCUGGUUUGUAUUGUUUGCUUCCCAACCAUGAAGCUAAUGAGAACUUAUAAAUAAAUAAAUAAAUGAAUCUUUUCGUAUUCGAAA